AGGAGAGCUUUGAAUAUCAGAGAGGGGAGAAAUAAAAGGAAUAAGCACUACAAGCCCCUCAGUCCUACAGCAGUAGAGAGAAGACACAGGAAUAACCAUGCCUGAGCCGGUCCCUGCAGCUAAACCGGAGGGGGAGGAGCUUGGGUCGACCGAGCUCUCUGGGCUCUUCGUCGAGAAGCCCCCAGAAAAUGUGGUCGCAAUUGCAGGAUCUGAUAUCACGUUCACUGCCAGGGUUGACUCAACCACCCUGACUAGAAAACCAACCAUGAAAUGGCUGAAAGGGAAGUGGAUGGACCUUGGCAGCAAAGCUGGAAAACACAUGCAGUUUAAAGAAACUUACGACAGAAAUACUAAGAUCUAUACUUAUGAAAUGAAGAUCAUCAAAGUGGUUCCUGGAGAUGCUGGGGGCUUCAGGUGUGAGGUGACGGCUAAAGACAAGUGUGACAGUUGUACCUUUGAGAUUACCGUUGAGGCUGCGCAGCAGGAGCAGCAGGCCGAUAUUUUGUCUGCCUUCAAGAGAGCGGAUGCAGGAGAGGACGAAGGAGAUCUGGAUUUCAGCGCUCUGCUUAAAGCAACCAAGAAGAAAAAAAAAGUAAAGCAGGAACCGGAAAUUGACGUGUGGGAAUUGCUUAAGAGUGCUCAUCCUAGCGAGUACGAGAAAAUCGCUUUUGAGUAUGGCAUCACCGACCUGAGGGGCAUGCUGAAACGUCUGAAGAAGAUGAAGGUUGUCGAGCCCAAGCACAGUGAGGCUUUCCUGAAGAAACUCGAAUCUUGCUACUCAGUGGAAAAAGGGAAGAAGAUUGUCCUGAGGUGUGAGGUGUUCGAUCCCGACGUCCAGGUCAAAUGGUUGAAGAAUGGCCAGGAGAUCAAACCCUCAGCCAAGUAUGUCAUGGAGGCAGUGGGGAAUGUCAGAACACUCACCAUCAAUAGGACUUCCCUGGCUGACGAUGCUGCGUAUGAGUGUGUGGUCGGGGAGGACAAGUGUUUCACAGAGGUGUUUGUCAAAGAACCCCCGGUGACCAUCACCAAGCUGAUGGAUGACUAUCAUGUGGUCGUUGGAGAGAGAGUGGAGUUUGAGAUUGAGGUGUCAGAGGAGGGCGCCCACGUCAUGUGGUAUUUUGAGGAAACAGAGCUUCACAAAGACAAAGACUCAAAAUAUCGAUUCAAGAAGGACGGAAAGAAGCACACACUGAUCAUCCAGGAGGCCAUGCUGGAUGACAUUGGAAUGUACCAUGCUUGGACAAACGGGGGGCAUACUAAAGGAGAGCUGGAAGUGGAAGAAAAACAACUGGAGGUCCUGCAGGACAUUGCUGACCUGACAGUCAGGGCUACUGAUCAGGCCAUGUUCAAGUGUGAGGUGUCCGAUGACAAGGUCACAGGAAAGUGGUACAAAGAUGGAGUGGAGGUCCUGCCGAGCGAGCGCAUCAAGAUGACUCACAUCGGCAGGUUUCACCGGCUGACUAUUGAUAAUGUGAAGCCUGAGGAUGCCGGAGACUACACGUUUGUUCCUGAUGGAUAUGCUCUGUCACUUUCUGCCAAACUCAACUUCUUGGAAAUUAAGAUCGACUACGUGCCAAGACAAGAUCCUCCCAAGAUCCACCUGGACACAUCUGGAAACAUGGUGUCCCAAAACACCAUCAUUGUGGUGGCUGGCAACAAGCUGCGUCUGGACGUGGAGAUCUCAGGAGAGCCAGCACCCACCGUGGUUUGGUCAAAAGGAGAUAAACCAGUUACAGAAACUGAGGGGCGUGUAAGGGUCGAGUCCAGGAAAGACCUGAGCUGCUUCGUCAUUGAGGGGACAGAGAGGGAGGAUGAGGGCAACUACACCAUCUGUGUCACCAACCCUGCUGGAGAGGACAAGGCUGUGCUGUUUGUGAAGAUUGUGGAUGUGCCUGACCCCCCUGAGAACGUGCAUUGCACAUCAGUGGGAGAGGACUGCGCCUCCAUCGUCUGGGAGCCCCCCAAGUUUGAUGGUGGUGCUCCUCUUAAAGGUUACCUCAUGGAGAGGAAGAAGAAAGGCUCCUCCAGGUGGACUAAGCUCAACUUUGAUGUGUACGAAUCGACCACAUAUGAGGCUAAGAGGAUGAUUGAAGGCGUCAUGUACGAGAUGAGGGUGUUUGCAAUCAACAGCAUCGGCAUGUCUCCGCCGAGUCUCAGCUCCAAGCCCUUCAUGCCUCUUGCCCCAACGAGCGAGCCAACGCGUUUGUCAGUGCAUGAUGUGACAGACAGCACAUGCACCCUGAAGUGGCUCGCUCCGGAGAGGAUCGGAGCCGGAGGCCUGGACGGCUACGUCAUUGAAUACUGCAAGGAAGGAGACACUGAGUGGGUGGUGGCAAACCAGGAACUGUGUGAGAGGCAGGGAUUUGUGGUGCGUGGCCUCCCUGUUGGAGAGAAGAUCGACUUUAGGGUGGUGGCGGUAAACAUGGCUGGACGCAGUCCUCCUGCGUUGCUCGGUCAGCCCGUCACCAUCCGUGAGAUCACCGAACAUCCUAAGAUCCGCCUCCCACGUGACCUGAGAACUAAGUACAUCAGGAAAGUAGGAGAAAAGAUCAAUCUGGUCAUCCCCUUCCAGGGUAAGCCUCGCCCGAUCGCGACCUGGUUCAAGGACGGUAAACCCCUCGACGAGAAGAUGGUCAGUGUCCGUAACUCAAAUGUUGACAGCAUCCUCUUCAUCCGCUCGGCAGAGAGGGAGCACUCUGGAAAAUAUGAGUUAGUGCUGAAGAUUGAGAAUAUGGAAGACAGAGCCUCUAUUGAGAUCAGGAUUAUCGACUUGCCCGGACCUCCUCAGAACGUGAAGGUGACAGAAGUGUGGGGCUUCAACGCUGCUCUGGAGUGGGACCCCCCCAAGGAUAAUGGAAACUGUGAGAUUACUGGAUACACGAUCCAGAAGGCAGACAUGAAGACCAAGGAAUGGUUCACUGUUUAUGAUCACAACAGACGGACUAACUGCACAGCGUCAGAUCUGAUCAUGGGCAACGAGUACAUGUUCCGUAUCUUCAGCGAGAAUCUCUGCGGCCUGAGCGAGGAAGCGCGCAUGAGCAAGAACACAGCCGUCAUCACCAAGACAGGCCUUGAGAUCAAAAGGAACCCAUACAUAGAGAAGGACGUGUCCUGUGUGCCCAAGUUUACUCAGCCCCUGGUUGACAGAACCGUAGUGGCUGGUUACAGCACCGCCAUCAGCUGCGCCGUCAAGGGCUUCCCCAGGCCAAAGAUUGUCUGGAUGAAGAACAAGAGGGUCCUCGGUGAAGAUCCUAAAUACUUGAUGCAGAACCAUCAGGGUGUGCUCACCCUCAAUAUUCGCAAGCCGAGCGCCUUUGAUGGAGGCAAUUACACUUGCAAGGCUGUCAACGACCUGGGCGCGGAUGAGGUGGAGUGCAAGCUGGAUGUUAGAGUUGCUCCAGAUCCUGAAAAGAAGUGAAAAACCGAACAGCAAAGAAUGUGAAAUGAUAUGAACCAAACACUGAAUGUCAGUAUGUAAAGCAUGCACUGUCAAGAGUGAAUCCAAUAAAAUUUAGUCUUGCCUACUGAA